AUGUUCAUCUCUUCUGAAACCCUAGUUAAGUCUAAGCCCCUAAAUGACCUGGUUCGAAGCUUGAGCCCCCACCAACCCUCACAGUGCCCUCAGCACCUUCCAAGCAGCAAAGCGCCCCGAAAGGUUUCGAAGCGCUGCGCCUUCGAGCGCGACAGGAGCAGCUUCAUACGCCAGCGGCAAGGCCCAACAGGUCUUUUCUUUCGUCUCGCUUUGCCCCGGUCGGUGGCGGAGCUUUGCCACCUCGGCGCCCAGUGGCUCACCCGAGCACUUCAGAGAGCCCGGACGCUGCCGGAGGGCGUCGUCGUCUCCGAGAUAUUGGCGACUCGACCGGUAGCACGGGGAGGUGCCAGCCAGUUGAUUGACGUGGUCUUCUCGCCUCCCCGCGAUGCGCCCUUUUUGGUCGUGCACUUUUUUCAGGAUGGUUCCACCCAAGCCAAGAGCCUCGAAGGAAUUCUACGAUCCAAGCUCUGCGACAACAGCUUCGUGAGCGGUAUCAACUUCCUGCGACUCCUCGAAUCUGAGCUGGAUGUUCCACCGCGCUUCUUCUUUGGGGACGUCUGCGACGGUGGAGGCUCAGGCCUACUGAUCACCGAGUGGUCGCGCGUAGCCUCGGCUUCCACGAGCUUCUGCCAGGAGCCAUCCUGGACUCCUCAGCCGCAGCAGCAGUGCUAUAUCAUGCCAGAGUCUCGUGCGACCCUUUGCCUUUCAGAUAUGCGUGGCUUCGCUUCGCCCUUUGCCUCGAUGCCGGCUCUGCCGGGGGCGGCAUCUGUGGGCCUGGAGACGAUCCAGACCUGGCAGGCUGCGAAGGAUCAUCACAGAUCCUGGACACUGAUCAGCUGCAGCGUCACGUCACACGAAAGGCUCUGGCGAAUUCGCAGCUCCAGAGGGGCCUUGCUGGUAGCACAGAGUUGUUCAUCUCUCGCCUUGUCUCCGCCGGCGAAGCCACCUUCUGAACGGGCUGAGUUCUGGACGCUGAUGCCAGGUACGUCUCCUGGGAGCUACUAUAUACGCAGCUUCUAUGACAGUUACCUCACCCACGCCACUGCCUCUGGUCUUGUUUCUCUGGGCCCUGGCCGCGGGCCACAGGCGAGGUGGACGAUUCAGACCCGAACGGAUUGGCUGCUGGAGGAAAUCUGGCAAACCCCAUGCCCUCUGGACAUCAGGGGCGACGGGCUUUCCUUGGACACGAUGAAGGAGCUGAUGGUGAACUUCGCCAAGCUUUCAGGUCGUUGUGCCGAGCACGUCGUCGUAUUGGAACCCUUGGAGGAGGCAUCUUCAGCCGAGGAUGCGCCGAGCCCUGCAGCCACCAGGGCGCAGUAUGCGAAGGAGCCCGCCACACUCCUGGAACAGGCAGCGGUGAGCCAGCUGCGGCGGCUCGAGCGCCAAGGUUUUGACUCUCCAAGGGCGGCUUUGGGCUUCCAGGAUAGCAACUUCCUGGACAAAGCUUCAGCGGCACAAGAGUUCAUAGCGCGCCUCGCAGUGGGCGUCUUCCCACGAGGUGCCAUCAACAAGCAGGCCAUGAAGGACUACCGGGCUGCCUUGGUGACGGCCCGCGUGAACGGCUUCGGCAUCCGCAACUUUCUGCAGACGCAAUGGGGCUACAAGGCCAUCGGUUUGGAUUUCCUGGGUGUGGACAGUCUCUACCGCACCGCCACAGAUGGUCUUCCUCGGCUGGCGAUUCGGGAGUGGGACACCAUGACAGACGGACCUCUGGGCUACAAAAUCUGGCGCUGGCUGCUGCUUGCCAAGCCAGAGAUCCUGUUGGACUCCUUGGAGAACCUCUUGGAAGUGUUCGUCACCACGUUUGCGAAGCACGGGGGUCCGCAGCUGGACAGGGAGGCUCUCCUUUGGCACGUUCUCCUCGCGGCAGCGCUUCAGUCCGUAGACCUACUGGAUGCUGUGCCGCUCCUCUUGGAGAAGAUUCCGCGCGAGGGCUGGCAGAGCAUAAAGUCCCUGGAAGAUCCCAGGCUUCAUGAUGGAGAUGGCCGAGCAAGCGAGCUCUGGCUUACCGUGAAGGCGUUUGUGCACAUAGCCCUCGUCACUCAGCGAUAUGCCCUGGUCGCAAGGCUGGAGAAGGGAGCCCCCGAAAUCUUCGCGACGAACAUGCUGAUUCAGAACAAUCGGGGAGAUGGCAACAAGCACUUGACACCCUACUUUCUCAGCUCUGGCGACGCUCAUGAGCUCCGGGCCGCCGCCACGGAGACCUCGGAGCUGUUGGCACUUCUGCCGCCCGGGAUACCCGGCUGUGCCAUGCUGGCAACCCAUGAGCAGGAAAUGGUGAUGACGGGCAGCGCACAAGGCUGGGCGCAGCUGGCACUACCCAUUCCCGGCUUCGUGGAUCUCGCGGCUUUGCGUCUCUGUUCGUGGACGGACCUACCCAAGGCCAACGAUGAGGUCCAGCCUGAGUUCGAGUUUCUGGCCCUGAUGUACCAUACAAGGCGCCAGUACACUGGAAGCAACGGCCCUCUCUUCAUGGAUGAGAUUUCUGCGAAGAAGCUGCACGACGAAAUCCUGACGCGAGAGAAAGUGAGUCGCAUGGUCACUCGCCUGGGCCUGGGCAGCGCCAGUGUGGUCCACGGGAGCUUCCUCGCCAGUACUGAGCGGAUGCCAUGGUGGCCUAGUGCUUAUCAGGACUGGGCCUACCACUCCUUCAUCCUCUUCGAAGAUGGCACAAUCGCGGAUAUCACCGCCGACUUGUUCGACACCUCGGUGCCCCAGCUCUGGUUCCCUGCAGAUCCGGCUCGCUACGACCGCAGCAGCCACCGGGCAGAAGAAGCGCGCUUCGCAAGGCAAGUUCUCGUCGGCCUGGACAACUGGCGACAGUCUGUCCUAGAUCAUCGCGCGAAGAGUCAGGCGAGACAUCCUGAAAGCCGUGCGAUUUACGAUUGGUGGGAUGCGGAGAUGAAAGGAGGUUUCGAUGUCCGCAAUGGUCAGAGCGGCCAGGUGCUCCGACAUGGGAAGACGCUUCAAUUGCCGCACCCGACGAAGGUGGUCUCCGCGGGUGGGCGCCGGGUCAUCUUCCGGCGCCUUACUCGGGAGGAGGACCGAUGUCCGCGGGGGUCUGACGGUAGUAAUUGUGGGCUUACUUGGAGGAUCAUGGGACUCAGUAACUAG